CUUUCUUUUAUGUUUUUUUCUCUCUACGUUUUGUUUUUCUCUUCGUCCUUUUCUAUUCCACAUUUAAGAUUGUAGUAACUUCCUUUAUUUAUUGCAACUACGUUUUCUCUUACUACUAUUUCUUUCUUAUUCAUUGUCAUUAUUAGUGAGAGAGAGAGAGAGUCGUUUAUUCUUGUCUUUAUUAAGAUCAUUCAUGGCUUCUGCUUCAUCUUCAAGUUCUUCAAAUUGGGUCAUGGAAAGUGGUGACAUUCCUCAUGUUCUUGCUGUUGAUGAUAGUCUUAUUGAUCGCAAACUUGUUGAGAAACUCCUUAGAAAUUCCUCUUGCAGAGUUACAACUGCUGAGAAUGGGCUUAGGGCAUUGGAGUUAUUGGGCUUGACAAAUGGUGAACACAACACCUUGAAUGGAAGAUCCAAAGUAAACUUAAUCAUCACAGACUAUUGCAUGCCAGGGAUGACAGGCUAUGAGUUACUUAAGAAAAUCAAGCAAUCAUCUGUAAUGAGGGAGGUCCCAGUGGUAAUCAUGUCAUCUGAGAACAUACCAACAAGAAUCAACAAGUGUCUAGAAGAAGGAGCUGAAAUGUUCAUGCUAAAGCCACUCAAACAAUCUGAUGUAAGAGAACUGACAUGUCAGUUAAUGAAUCUAGGAAGGUGAAAAUUCAUGUUCAAAGAGUAUUUGGUUUCCAGUGCCAAAUUCUUACCUUAGGCCUUAACCAAAAUGUUGCUAAUUUUAGGAAUUAAUGCUUAUCAUUAUUUUGAAGAUGCUGAACUCUAGUUUAGUUUAGUCUUGUCUAUUUUAUGUAUACCAAUUUAUUUUUCUAUAAUAUAAGUCAUGUCUUUUUG